AUGGCGAAGAACGCGCCCGACAUGGCCUGGAUGCGAUGCGUGGGGAUCACCAUGGGAUUCCCCGUCGAGGGCCUGCCCGUGGACAUCUCCUCUCGCCUCACGGCCUUUCACGCCCUCCGCAAGAAGUUGAUGAAGAUGGCCCUGGCCAUGCUGUCGACCGGCCUGAGCGCACUGAGGAUCAUAUUUGCCCCGAAGCUGCUCGUGAAGAGGCUCCUGCUGGUGGCCUCCCUCCAGGUCUUCGCCGCCAUCAUCGCCAAACUAUACAGCAUUCUGCACUUCAUCUACUACGAACUAGGAGUUAGGCAGCCGUAG